CAUGUGAAGGCAUCAUUAUCACAGCUACUCCGAUGAUGCCUCCUCGUCUCUCAGAUGAACCCUUCACUGUGCCGCGGUCGCCUCAUCGUCUUAUCGAAUCAUUUGUACGUUUCAGUACAGAACACCAUCUGAAUCACCCACGGUACCCUGCAGAGACCCUCUAGACCCCGGUAGAGACCGGACUCCGAAGCGGAGCUGGAGAGGAAGCUGGAGCCAUGGGUUUCUCCUCCAACCUUGGAUGAUCUGAACUAAGCUGGACCCACAAGACUCAGCCAAGCGGCCCCUGCCUACAGCGGGGGUUCCCCUCUCCCCGUCGCCCCACCCAGCUAUGGCAGGCUUCAAGCGGGGCUAUGAUGGCAAGAUUGCGGGCCUGUAUGACCUGGACAAGACGCUGGGCCGUGGCCACUUUGCCGUGGUCAAGCUGGCGCGCCACGUCUUCACCGGGGAGAAAGUGGCAGUGAAGGUGAUCGACAAGACAAAGCUAGACACUGUGGCAACAGGCCACCUCUUCCAGGAAGUGCGCUGCAUGAAGCUGGUCCAGCACCCCAACAUUGUGCGGCUGUAUGAAGUGAUAGACACUCAGACCAAGCUUUACCUCAUCUUGGAGCUCGGCGAUGGAGGGGAUAUGUUUGACUAUAUCAUGAAACACGAGGAGGGGCUGAAUGAAGAGCUUGCUAAGAAAUAUUUUGCCCAGAUUGUCCAUGCUAUCUCCUACUGCCAUCGGCUGCAUGUGGUGCACAGGGACCUCAAGCCAGAGAACGUGGUGUUCUUUGAAAAACAAGGGCUGGUCAAGCUCACAGACUUUGGAUUCAGUAACAAGUUUCAGCCGGGGAAGAAGCUGACAACUAGCUGUGGAUCUCUGGCGUACUCUGCACCGGAAAUACUGCUGGGUGAUGAGUAUGAUGCUCCAGCCGUAGAUAUCUGGAGUCUCGGUGUGAUCCUCUUCAUGUUGGUAUGUGGCCAGCCCCCCUUCCAGGAAGCCAAUGACAGCGAGACUCUCACCAUGAUCAUGGAUUGUAAAUACACUGUACCGGCUCACGUCUCCAGCGCCUGCAAAGAUCUGAUAGAUCGCAUGCUUCAGAGGGAUCCCAAGCGACGGGCUUCCCUGGAGGAGAUUGAGAGACAUGCAUGGCUGCAGGGGGUCGACCCAUCCCCAGCCACCAAGUACAACACUCCCCUGGUGUCCCACAAGAACCUGUCCGAGGAGGAACACAACAGCAUCAUCCAGCGCAUGGUGCUCGGAGACAUCGCCGACCGAGAGGCCAUAGUGGAAGCCCUGGAGACUAACAAGUACAACCACAUCACAGCCACAUACUACCUGCUGGCAGAGCGCAUCCUCAGGGAGAAGCAGGAGAAGGAGGUGCAGACUCGCUCGGCCAGCCCCAGCAACCUCAAGGCCCACUUCAGGUAAACUACAGACACACACUCCAUACAGACAC